CCUUUCUGCUUCCUUCCUUCCUUCCUUCCUUCUCUUUCUCUCUCUCUCUCGUUCCCUCUCUUCUCAUCGCUUCUCGUAUAUAAUAUUGUUCUCCAUCCUUCCUUAUUCCACUUCCUUCCCAGCUCCACCCUCUCCAUGGCGAACCAGCCACCGCCGCCACCGGAGGGCAUCAGCGACGAUUUCUUCGAGCAGAUAUUCUCCUUGCCCCCUUCCUACGCCGCCUCCGGGGACGCCGCCGGUGCCGGUGGAGGCUCGCUGCCCCUCGGGCUCAGCUUGGACCAAGGCUCCUCCUCCGGCGGGAAAAGACUCCACGAUGACCCACACGGGAAGGCGGAGAGGGAAACGUUUCCAUCCGCGGCGUUGUUUCCUCCUGGAUUCGGGCACAUCCAGUUGCAUCAUAUUCGACCUAACCCCCCUCCUCAGGUUUUCCAUGGUCAACCAAAGCUAGGUGGAGUUGCUGUAAUGCCUCAACCUGCAGCACCGCGACCAAAAGUGCGAGCAAGGCGUGGCCAGGCUACCGACCCUCAUAGCAUUGCUGAGCGGUUACGCAGAGAAAGGAUAGCGGAAAGAAUAAGAGCACUACAGGAAUUGGUACCGAACACUAAUAAGACAGAUAGAGCAGUCAUGCUUGAUGAGAUUUUGGAUUAUGUGAAGUUUUUGAGGUUGCAAGUGAAGGUUCUAAGUAUGAGUAGGCUGGGUGCUGCUGGCGCUGUGGCACAGCUGAUAGCUGAUGUUCCUGUAUCAGUUGAGGGGGAGGCCAGCAAGAGUGGCAGCCAUCAAAAUGUAUGGGAGAAGUGGUCAACAGAUGGCACAGAACGGCAAGUAGUGAAGCUGAUGGAAGAGGAUAUAGGAGCCGCAAUGCAGUUCCUGCAGUCCAAAGCUCUGUGCAUGAUGCCGAUUUCGCUUGCUAUGGCGAUCUAUGACACGCACCAGCCUGAAGCCCAAUCAGUCAAACAUGAACCCAACACACCUUCAUAACAAAAGCAAUAGACUGUGACUGCACAUCCGUGGGACUUCAUUCUUACAUCAUCCUAACAAUCAUGAUGCCGAAGAUUCCUCAGUAGACGGCAAAUAAUGUAAUUCUCUUCCUUUUCCCCCCCUCAAGAUCCAUAUGAUUGCGAGCAUAUGGUGAUGAAGUAGUCAACUCAAAUCCACAAAACUUACAAUGCACUAGGUCACUCAGAAAAGGUCUUCCCUGAUCUUACUUUCUGGGUGAUAUAGCGCACUGACCGUGCCCUUUUGUGGUGGACUGCUUUUGUGUAGUGGAUGUGUUUGGUUGAACAUGAUGUUUCAUAGAAAGUUUGAGGUAAAAUGCUUAUUAUUGAUGAAGGUGAUGACGAUGCUUCGGUUGAGUGCGACACAGCGGUGCGAGUCAAAUGGUGGCUGAUCAAACGUCUUCUUUUUUUCUCUAGUGGAUGUGUACCAUGAUAGUGCUUUGUAACUUUAGGGUUUGCUCAAACCAUUAGAAGGACAAAGAUCCAUGGAAAAUCUUCAAGUCUGCUAUCUUAUUGGUUCAUUUCCUUGUUCA